CAAUCACUGCACGACUGCAGCACCUCUGGCGGCGGUGAUCGGAAGCUCGGUUGUUUGCGGUCCAACAGGGCAAUUUUAUUUUUGGCGGCCAGGCCGUGAUUGAUUGGAAUGAUUUCGGCCGAAUUUGUGUGGUGUCACCGGAAAUCUCUGCGCUGUGAGCCUUGAGAGCUUGUUUUGAGACGCAGAGAGAAGCCGCCGAAUUCGCAACUUGCAUUCCCUUCCGUGCCGAGAACGUUCGAGUGCCUUUGAAAUGUCUGAAGAGAUUUCGUCAUCGGCAAAAACGACGACGCCGCCAAUGGUGCUGACCACACCUCUCUUGCUCCUGAGCACCAUCGAAACCAAGGAUGAUGCCAACCUGCGGAAGAACAAGUCCCUCUUGGCCAUUUGCAAAAAGUUCUUGGAGUUUUAUCCGUUGGACCUGCAAGCCGGAUCAAGCAUGGAUAUUCCGCUUGAGGUGCUGGCGGACAAGCUGGGCCUCAGUAGAAGAAGGCUCUACGACAUCAUCAAUGUAAUGGAAAGUCUGCAAAUGGCAGUUAAAGUUACCAAAAACUUGUACCGGUGGUACGGACUUCGUAACGUUAAGCGUCUGCUGAACGAGCUGAAGCAACUUUCCGACCAGAACAGGCUGCAGGAAUUGGAUAAUUUGGAGCAGGGAUAUGUGUCCGGCAGCUCCACUGGAGAACCACCAACGACCCCUACAGAUUCUGAAUCGGCACGAGAAUUGCUGCUGCAGACUUUGUUGAAGGAGAAGACUGUGAGGAAGAGGUCCUGCGUCUUAUCAGGAUUAAAAGAGUCUCCGGAGCCUAAAGGACCUCACACGUGGAAAAACAAGUCUUUGGGAGGAACCUGCCUCAAGUUUCUGACUCUAUUUUUCAAGCACGAGACUGUCAGUUUAGAAUGGGCUGGGAAGGUGCUAUUGUGCGGAGAGGACGAAGACAAUGCAAAGCAGUUGAGAAAUAAGGUGCGUCGAAUCUACGAUGUCGCUAACGUGUUGUCUGCUCUUGGUCUUGUCUGCAAAAUUACACCCAAAGACAGCCUUCGACGCAGACUCUUCUACGGAUACUGCGGCCCAGCCAUUGACAAUCUCCACUCGGGAGAGAAAGCAUUUCUAGUUUACGUUCAACCCUCUGAACCGCCAAUGCCUGGUAGGCGCAUAAGAAAUUCCUCUUUGACUCCGUUGGAGCCGAAAGCUGGAGGGGAUGGAAUUUGCAAAAGGAAGCUCAUGCUGGGUUCGGAAAAUGGACCGAAUGAGAGUAAAAAGCUGUUGAAAGAGGAAGAUUUAAUUCUGGGGACCAAUGACCUGUCGGCCUUCAGCAUUCUUCUGGCUGUGGCGGAAAAUGAGAGACUGCAGCUGGAGCGAGCGGCAAAUGAGAUCAACUCAAAGGCCAGUGAGGAAAAGGAGAUUGACCUCCUGUGCUCGGAAAACCAGUUGUCCACCAAAGAUCUCGAGUACAUUGAAAACCGUGACCACCUCGAAGGGGAUGGCAAUGGCGGCAGGUCUGCACUCCGGAGCCUCCUUGAGACCAACCAGCCUCCUAAGGUGGUCGUCUGCCCGGAACCAAGUGGCCCCAAGGAGUCGCUGCUGAUCAAGAACGGUGGCCAGAUGCUUCGGAAAACCCAACUGAGCAUUCCCUUCCGGACAAACGGUCCCGAAGUCGUGGGCAAAUGCUCAAGUCUUUAAACCGCCUUCCCCGCCCCUCUCUUGUAGUGUGAAUUUCUCGCUUGAUUUUGUUUUGUUGUUUGCAUAUAUUGUAUGAUUAAAUUUUAUUGCAAUUAAGGCUGCAACAAUUUCACAGCUUUGCAAAUGAAUCUGAAAGUUAACCAGGUGUGUCUUGUGCCAUUACCUACCUUUGCCCAGCCUGAGUUGCAUAGACUCCUGUCAAUUUUUUGAUAUUUUUAUUUGGAGAAGUACGCGCAAAUAUAUUAUUUGUUUAUAUUUUACAAUUUUUGUAACAAAA